CGGCUGAUGCUGAGCACCUGCACGUGGCGUUUCCCUUUACUCGACCUCCAGCCUCCAGCAGACUCGCAUCGCCCGUCGAGCAGGACAGAACGAACGAUGAGCUCCUCUUUCCCCAAAAGCGAGUCGACCGCCUCUCUGCUGAGAUCGUCGGGGCUCAACCACCGCAGGUCUGCGCACUCGGACCACGGUGCGCGCGGCCACCGGAGCCACCGCUCCCACUGUCAUCCCGCCGGAGCUGGAGGCGGCGACGACGCGGACUGGGCGCAGGACUGCGAGCCGAGCGCGCGGAGACCCCUCUGCCAGCCAAGGCACGACGGAGGGGGCGAUCACCACCGGGUGCAGAAGGGCCAUUCUCACCGGAAAGCCAGCCUGCUGGAUGAUGGGUACCCCGAGGGGGACGCGAGACACAGCGCGAGCCGGCAUCAGAAGGAGCGCAGCAAGUCCUCCAGGUCCAAACCCUCCCACCAGCCCGACUCCUCGCGAGGAGAGCUGCCUCCCGCAGCGCAGCAGCCGGGCGGCUCCGGGCAGGACAGGAGGACCUCGCCAACUCCGUCUUACCCCAAAGCUCCGGACGACGCGGCUUUCUUUUUCGAGGCCAGGGAGAGAGCCGUCACCGGGUCAUCGUCCAGCAGCCUCAGCUCUUACACACCUGCGAGCACGAGGGCGCCGGCCCCGCCCGCAUCCCGCCGCACGGCCAAGAGACUGAGCGGGACCGCGUCCGAGUAUGACUCGAGUCUUCACCCCAUAGUGAAGUCGGUGUUUGGCCAGGACCAGAAGAAGAACUACAAAGCAGUGCAGUCCUGUGAGGAGGGGGGCUCUGGGGGGGCCUAUCUUGAGCCGCUAGUGGCCCUGGCCCAGAACGGAGCCAACAUGCACAACGUACUGGGGCCUGCGUGCAUCUUUCUACGCAAGGGCUUUGCUGAGAACCGACAGGCUGACCGAGAGUUGAGACCAGAAGAAAUGGAUGAGCUGCGUGAGGCUUUCAAGGAGUUCGACAAAGACAAAGACGGGUUUAUCGGCUGUAAAGACCUGGGGAACUGCAUGAGAACUAUGGGCUACAUGCCAACAGAGAUGGAGCUAAUAGAACUGAGCCAGCAAAUCAACAUGAAUUUGGGAGGCCAUGUUGACUUUGAGGACUUUGUUGAACUCAUGGGGCCCAAGCUUCUGGCUGAAACUGCAGACAUGAUUGGGGUUAAAGAGCUGAGGGAUGCAUUCAAGGAGUUUGACACAAACGGCGAUGGCCAGAUCAGUACAGCAGAACUCAGAGAGGCAAUGAAAAAACUUUUAGGACAACAGGUUGGACACAGAGACCUGGAGGACAUCCUACGAGACAUAGAUCUCAACGGAGACGGUCAUGUAGACUUUGAAGAAUUUGUGCGGAUGAUGUCUCGGUAGGUUUGCCGAGACAUUAAAAAGGAACAUGGAUUCUCGGUGGGUAUGGGAGGAACGGGAAAGAGACGAGCACAGAAAAACUGAUGGAUCUUGAACUCGUGAACUGUCAGUGAACAUGACAACAAAUACAUAUCAACCCUGCCCUGAAACUGCCCUGCUUGAGCACAAAUGCCUGACCACUGCACACAGGAGCAACACUGUUGAUGAUAUGCUGCUGUUGUUUCUUAGAGCAAACAAAAUCAACAGUUGCAUUACUGAUUUUUUUAAAGUAUAUUUUCCUUUAGUGUAGUUGUUGACCCAAUGGGCAACGUGAUGUUUGAGCAAUAUAGCUCAGACACUUUACUAUUGUUGUUCAUAGCAGUAGCAUAUAAGAAGUAUUUUCAACUACAACGGUUUGCCAGCAAACGCCCCACAAAUACAACACAUUCCUUUAUAAUGCUGAGAAGCACAAAUACAAUAUAGCAAUAUGGAAAUAUUUCAUGUGAUCCUGUCAAAGUUGUGUGUUUUGUGCACUGUUGUUUCUCUUAACCCUAAACUGUAGAUUAUCUCCCUUCUUACAUUUUAAAAUAAGUAAAUAAGUUAAUAAGAAAUUAUAUAUAAUGUUAAUUAUAAUUAUAUAUAUAAUUAUUUUCCUUUAGUAAUGACAUUUCUUAUGAGGGUAAUGUCCUGUUUAACCCUGUUUAAGGCAAGCCAAGGUUUGUUUUGUAAUUAUGUGUAAUGUAGCACUGAUGCAGUUCUUCUGACUUUAAUAACAUAAUGCCUAUCUUACUGUGAUAUAUAUGUGUGUGUGUGUGUGUGUGUGUGUGUGUAAUUUUGAGUGAGCAUAAAAUUAACAGUUUCCAGAUUCUUUUGACUGCAACAUUUCUAAAAGCAAAUUAUCUCUAGGUAGAGUGAGUUUCUAAGAUUCUGAGUAUUACACUCAGAAUAUAUUUAAACAAUCUUUACGUUUGACAGAUCAUCUACACCUAACUCACAGUGUUAUAGGUGAUCAACAGAAACUUUAAACUAUAGGUGAAAGACAGACAUUGCUAUUGCUUUAAUUAUUAUUAGGGAGCUUUGAUAAAUGUAGACUACUUGUUUAGGGGGGAUUUUGUGAGUCUACUGGUACUACAGAGCAGUCCUGAAGUGAUCUUCACUUUGGUACAACAUUUUCAUAUUUAACUUUAAUACCUCAAAAUCAAUCGAACAUAGCACAAUCUCUGCUACCAUUUAUUUGUACCCUCUGACUUUCAUUAUAAUUUUUAAUAAAGAAGCAACGUUAGCUUCUUAAUGAAAAAAGCCAAAGAACGUUUCUAAAAAUAUAGUCUCAUUCAGUGCAGUAAGUGUAUGCAGUAUGUUUUUUAGAAAUAUGAGUCAUUGGAUUUUAUUUUCAAAAUGGCUGCUUGAAAUGCCCUUCGGUUCCUGGGGCAGCUGAAUAAUUGACUCUUCAUGAACGAGCAUGGGUAUGUAUGCAUGCUCUGAAGUUGAGAUCUUCUUCGAAAGGGAAAUUCUUCUUUGUGACUUUACUUGUCUUAACUGUGAAACUAUGCAUGCUAAAAGAUACUGCAAUUUGUAGCAAAAUAUAUAUAAAUA